AUGGCGUCCGACUCUCAAGAUCUGGAUCUCGAAGACGGCACCAUCCAUAUCCUCGUCAUCGAACGGCCAAGCGAGGCAACGAUCAACGAAGCCGCCGACCUCUUCUGCGCGGCCUUCGUGGAGGAUCCUCCCGCCCGUGCAUUCACAGGCGGAGAUCCAGAGCUGAUGCGGCAGCUCGGGCGUGCGGUGCUCACUCCUAUGCGCGGGAGCGCGCGUCUCUAUGCCGCGACGGACGAGGAGGGCACGCUGGUUGGCGCGUCGUUCUGGAGCCCGCCCGGGCAACCCGAUAAAGAGGCUGCGCUCCGACGCGAGUCCUUUUUGCAAGACUUCAUGGCCAAAUUACCCGAUGAGAUGGCCGACCAUGUUGAGAACGUUUUUGCGAAGGCCAUUCCCAAGUUGAUGGAUGAGGCGGUCGGGAUAGAGGAGGCCGAGGUUCAUUCCUACGAAUGCGAGAUGCUGAUGGUCAGACCCGAUCAUCAAGGCCACGGGAUCGCGCGGAAGAUGUUCAACCUCGCACUUCACCAGGCGGAUGCGAUGAACGCCAAGAUGACUCUGUGGACAGGAAAGGACGACAAUGUCAAGAUGUACGAGAAGUUUGGUAUGACGCUGAAGAGUUCGACGGAUAUGACGCCGUCAGGAGGAGAGGGCUGGAAACUCCACAUCCUCACCCGAGAUCCUGUGUCUGGAUCUCCUUGA